AUGGACAACGCCUACGUGCAAUCGACAUCUGCCGUGCUGAAGCACUUUGAUGUGCAGGAAGCCUCAGGUCUCGACAAGUCCUCAGUAAACGCGUCAAGACAGAAGCAUGGUCGCAACGACCCACCAACACCGCUAUGGGAACUGAUCCUAGAACAAUUCAAGGACCAGCUGGUCAUCAUCCUUCUUGCCUCUGCUGCCGUGUCCUUUGUUCUCGCUCUGUUCGAAGAUAGCGACGACUGGACUGUCUUCGUGGAUCCUGUCGUAAUUCUCACCAUCCUUAUCCUUAACGCCGUCGUUGGUGUUUCGCAAGAGUCGUCGGCCGAAAAGGCAAUCGCUGCACUUCAAGAGUACUCGGCCAACGAGGCCAAGGUCGUUCGCAAUGGCAAGGUUCAGCGCAUCAAGGCAGACGAGUUGGUUCCAGGAGAUAUUGUCAAGGUCGCUGUAGGCGACCGCGUGCCUGCUGAUUGCAGAGUCCUGUCUAUCCACAGCAACAGCUUCCGCAUUGACCAAAGUAUUCUGACCGGAGAGAGCGAGAGUGUCGGCAAGGAUACCGAUGCCAUCAAGGAUGCGAGCGCUGUCAAGCAGGACCAGGUCAACAUGCUCUUCUCGGGCACCACGGUUGUCACUGGAAAUGCCACCGCUGUCGUUGUCCUUACUGGUUCAAACACUGCCAUUGGCGACAUUCACGAGAACAUCACCUCCCAGAUUUCGCAGCCCACCCCUCUCAAGGAAAAGCUCAACGAUUUCGGUGACACUCUGGCCAAGGUUAUUACUGUCAUCUGUAUCCUUGUCUGGCUCAUCAACGUUCCCCACUUCAACGACCCCGCCCAUGGCUCUCUUACCAAGGGCGCAAUUUACUACUUGAAGAUUGCUGUAUCGCUUGGUGUCGCCGCCAUCCCCGAAGGCCUCGCUGUUGUUAUUACUACCUGUCUCGCACUCGGAACCCGCAAGAUGGCCGCUAAGAAUGCCGUAGUUCGCAGUCUCCCCUCGGUCGAAACUCUAGGUAGCUGCAGCGUCAUCUGCUCAGACAAGACCGGAACCCUCACCACCAACCAAAUGAGCGUCAACAAGGUCGUCUUCAUCAACCAGCAAGGAUCUGGACUCGAGGAACUUACUGUUGAAGGAACCAGCUUCGCUCCUGACGGCGCAAUCACCACUUCAACCGGCGAGACUCUCGAGAACGCAGCCGCUUCAUCCUCGACCAUUGCACAACUUGCCGAAGUCGCCGCUCUUUGUAACGAUGCACGUCUCUCUUAUGACAACGAGAAGGGUGUCUACAACAAUGUCGGCGAAGCCACCGAAGGUGCCCUGAGAGUCCUUGCCGAGAAGAUUGGCACCAAAGACGCAUCCGUCAACUCCGCAAGAUCUACCCUCGCACCUGAAGAAAAAGUCCACCACGCUAGCAAGCACUGGGAAACCAGCACUCCUCGUCUGGCUACCUACGAAUUUGCACGCGACAGAAAGAGCAUGUCUGUUUUGGUCCAGGAUGGUUCGUCCCAGCGUCUUCUUGUCAAGGGUGCCCCUGAGUCCAUCAUCGCCAGAUGUAGAUACGUCUUGGUUGGUACCAAGGGCACCAGAAUGGCUCUCACCGACAACAUCUCUGCCUUGCUUUCCAAGGAGGUCGUCGAUUAUGGUAAUCGCGGACUUCGCAUCAUGGCUCUUGCAAGCGUCGACAACAUCACCUCCCCUCUGUUGAAGCAGGCCAAGACCAGCUCCGAAUAUGCCCAACUCGAACAAAACAUGACUUUGAUUGGUCUUGUUGGUAUGCUCGACCCUNNCCCUCGCCCUGAGGUAGCCGACAGCAUCCGCAAGUGCCGUGAGGCUGGUAUUCGUGUCGUUGUUAUCACUGGUGACAACCAGAACACUGCCGAGACUAUCUGUCGCCAGAUUGGCGUCUUUGGCACCAACGAAGACCUGACCGGCAAGAGCUUCACUGGCCGUCAAUUCGAUGAUCUCAGCGAGGCCGACAAGCUCAAGGCUGCCAAGAAUGCUUCUCUCUUCUCCCGUACUGAACCUACUCACAAGUCCAAGUUGGUUGACCUUCUUCAGUCUGCCGGCGAGGUUGUCGCUAUGACUGGUGAUGGUGUCAAUGAUGCNCCUGCCCUGAAGAAGGCCGACAUUGGUGUGGCCAUGGGUAGUGGUACCGAUGUUGCCAAGCUCGCUGCAGACAUGGUUCUGGCAGACGACAACUUUGCAACCAUCGAGGCUGCUGUCGAGGAAGGCAGAAGCAUCUACAACAACACUCAGCAAUUCAUCCGUUACUUGAUUUCGUCCAACAUUGGCGAGGUCGUGUCCAUCUUCUUGACUGCCGCUAUGGGUAUGCCCGAGGCUUUGAUUCCUGUUCAGCUUCUCUGGGUCAACUUGGUUACCGACGGUCUUCCGGCUACUGCGCUCUCGUUCAACCCUGCUGAUCACGACAUCAUGAAGCGUCUCCCUCGCAAGCGUGAUGAAGCUCUUAUUGGGGGCUGGCUCUUCUUCAGAUACAUGGUAAUUGGCACAUACGUUGGUAUCGCAACUGUUGGCGGUUACGCAUGGUACUUCAUGUUCAGUGAGGCUGGACCUAAAAUCAGCUUCCACGCAUUGGUAAGAUUCGCCGUUGACAUUUUCGAGCACCCGAUUGACUGCUUGAUGUUCACUGAUUCUACGGCCAAGACAGCAUCGACCAUCUCACUGUCGAUUCUGGUAGUCAUUGAAAUGCUCAACGCCAUGAACGCUUUGUCUUCGUCAGAGAGUUUGUUGACCCUUCCCCUGUGGAAGAACAUGAUGCUCGUGUAUGCCAUCUGUUUGAGUAUGGCAUUGCACUUUGCACUGCUUUACAUUCCUUUCUUGCAAGGCAUCUUUGGCAUCGUGCCCCUUGGUAUGGAGGAGUGGAAGUUGGUGCUCGCUUGGAGUGCACCCAUCAUCUUGAUUGACGAGGGAUUGAAAUUCCUCGAGCGCGCAUUUGUCAUGGAGAAGCCGGGCAAGCAUAUCAAGCCCAAAGCAGAGUAA